AAUGGAUGGAGGAGAUAAGACAGUUUCCUCCUCACACACCGGUUCAAGAGCACUCACAGCAUCUCGGAAUCAUUUGCUACAUGUGGCCCACCGAAUCCUAUGUCUUGAUCCAUCAACAAAUAAAAAAUGGCAUCAACAAUGGAAGCAGCAGAUAUCGCUGUCGUUGCCAUGUACUUCGUUCUUGUCCUGUGCUUUGGCUUUUUUGCGAUGUGGAAGGCGAAUCGAGGAACCGUGAGCGGAUACUUCCUCGCCGGCCGUUCCAUGAACUGGAUGAUGAUCGGUGCAUCGCUGUUCGUCAGUAACAUCGGCAGCGAGCACUUCAUCGGCCUCGCCGGCUCAGGAGCUGCUAGCGGUUUCGCCGUCGCCGCCUGGGAGUUUAAUGCGAUUUUACUCCUCCAGCUCCUGGGAUGGGUCUUCAUACCUGUCUACAUCCACUCAGGUGUGUACACCAUGCCGGAGUACCUCUCCAAAAGAUUCGGUGGGAAGCGGCUAAAGGUUUUCUUCGCAUGCCUAACUCUCCUCCUCUACAUUUUCACCAAGCUCUCCGUGGAUCUUUACUCCGGAGCGCUUUUCAUCCAGGAGUCUCUAGGCUGGAACCUCUACGUGUCCGUAAUCCUGCUUAUCACCAUGACGGCUCUUCUCACGGUCACUGGCGGACUAGCGGCGGUCAUCUACACGGACACCCUGCAGGCAUUCCUCAUGAUAUCGGGCGCUUUGUGCCUGAUGGGUAUCAGCUUAGCUAAGGUUGGAGGUCUCGAGGGUUUGCGCACCAGAUACAUGAACGCCAUUCCCAACAUCACUGCCAUCGAGCUAGACAGAAACCUCACCUACACAAAUUCCUGCCAUGUGCAUCCCAAACUAGAUUCGUUCAAGAUCUUAAGAGGUCCUAUGGACAAAGACUUGCCGUGGCCUGCUUUUCUUCUAGGCCAGACUCCAGCCUCGAUCUGGUACUGGUGCGCCGAUCAGGUCAUAGUUCAGAGAGUCCUUGCAGCCCGUAAUAUUGCCCACGCUAAAGGGUCGACUUUGAUGGCCGGCGUCCUAAAAGUCCUCCCGAUGUUUAUCAUAGUGAUUCCAGGGAUGAUCUCGCGUGUGCUUUUUGCUGACGAGCUUGCUUGCAUUAGUCCAGAGCACUGCAUGCAAGUCUGCAACAGCAAAGCUGGUUGCACAAACACCGCAUAUCCUCGUCUCGUCAUGAACGUCAUGCCCGUGGGAUUACGAGGCUUGAUGAUGGCCGUGAUGCUCGCCGCUCUCAUGAGCGACCUAGACUCGAUCUUUAACAGCGCCAGUACUAUCUUUACCCUUGAUAUCUAUAAGAUGGUACGUCGUCAAGCUUCCUCCAAAGAGCUCAUGAUGGUGGGACGCCUGUUUGUGAUCUUCAUAGUGGCCGUUAGCAUAGCUUGGGUCCCAUUCGUCAUCCAGUUGCAAGGUGGUCAGAUGUUCCUCUACAUUCAGGAGGUUUCUGAUUAUCUUACGCCACCCAUUGCUGCACUUUUCCUGCUUGGCGUCCUCUGGAAACGUUGCAAUGAAACCGGUGCAUUCUGGGGUGGCGUUGUGGGCUUCUUACUUGGAGCCACAAGACUAAUUCUUGCCUUUGUCUAUAGAGAGCCGGACUGCGACACAACCGAUAACCGUCCGUCCUUCAUCAAGGAUGUUCAUUUCAUGUAUGUGGCGGCUGUGUUGUUUUGGGUUUCAGGGCUUGUGACGGUAGUCGUCAGUCUUUGCACAAAUCCACCAAGCAAGGAACAAAUUGCUACGACUACUUUGUGGGGACUACGCAACAGAAAUCAACACACAAAAGAGAAGGGAGACGGUGGCAAACUUCAUCAGCUUUCAGAAGAAACUAAAAAAGAGAAGACAUCGGAUGAAGUGGACGUGAAACCAUACUCAGGCCCUGAAAUACUUCCAAAUGGCCACUUGGAGUCUCAACACACCCACAAACAUGCAGGAAGAGUCCAGAGACGAUGUGUGAAAUGUUUGGAUUGGUUCUGUGGUUUUAGUAAAAGCUCAGAGGAAGUGGAUUCGCCUUCUGGAGAUGAAAUCAGGAGUGUAACUGAAAUGCUCAAAGAACCUCCGAAAACCAAAAUUGUCCUCAAUCUCGGCCUCUUGUUAGUGUGUACACUUGGACUUUUCUUGUUUGUAUACUUCUCUUUGUAAUGCUCAUGAUUCUAUCUAAUGUACACCUCAAAAUGUAAUGUGAUGAUGCCAAAUGUUACUGAUACU